GGGGAGGAAAAAUGGUGAGGAGGCCAUGUUGUGAAAAGGAAGGGAUGAACAAAGGAGCUUGGUCUGCUGAAGAAGAUGAAAUCCUCAUCAACUAUGUCCAGAUUCAUGGUGAAGGCAAGUGGCGAAGUGUUGCUCAUAAUGCUGGUUUGAAUAGGUGUGCCAAGAGUUGCCGGCUUCGAUGGUUGAACUACUUGAGACCCGGCAUCAAACGAGGCGGCAUCACCAAGGAUGAAGAAGAUCUCAUCAUCCGGCUCCACCGCCUUCUCGGCAACCGGUGGGCCUUGAUCGCGGGGAGGCUUCCAGGACGAACAGACAAUGAAAUAAAGAAUUACUGGAAGACCAUCCUCGCCAAAAAGUGCGAAUCUUUCUCGCUGCAGUCUUGUGCGAGAAAAUCGAACCGCGAAGAGGAAGUUCUGCACUGCCGAAAUCAUGGGUCGAAGAAUAAUUCUGAUCAAGUCAUUGCAGACCAGCCAUCAGUGGCCGGUGUCUGCGGAAUUCCAAAUCUUAUCCAAGAAGAAAAGCACUGUUUGGUGGAGAAAAGCAUAGGCUUGAUCAGUAACGGCUGCAGCAUUGACAAUCAUGGCAUGUUUUCUUCUCCUCUGGGCCGAGAUGAAGGCGAUGAGGGUCAUCUGAGCUUUUUGACGAGCAUCGACGUCGAUAAGGAUUUCAUAAUGGAAGUUGCCGGGUCGGAGACACAGUUACUUCCCGGCAACGAAACCGCGCAUGAAGAUAAUAGUUAUGACAUAUUUGGUGGGUUCGACAAUAAGACUGCCAUGUCUUCAUCUCCUUCUGACAUCACUUCUGAUGAUCAAGUAGUCGAGAUUGAAACUGAAACUGAAACUGAAACUGAGGUGAUGUGUGAUCAGCAACCGUGGCUACAUGUGGAGCUGAAGAAGCUGGCUUCGUUUCUUGAUUUGGAAGAUGAAUGAAGGGUACACAGAUUUGACAUAAAAUUGACAAGUAGAAGUAGUUGCAGUAAAGAUUGACCGACAAAUUGUUGGGUCACCUAACU